AUGCCCAGCACAAAGGAAAACUCUCAAAGCUUGAGACACACAUCCAUCGUGGAAAUGCUCUCUACACCCCCGCAAUUAUCUCAACUGCCUCAACUACAUCAUUCUACCACAAACGAAUCACAAAACUCAAAUAAUUCCAUCUCCUCCCUCUCGGUCUCAUCUUUGCAAAUUAAUAAUCUCCAGGACGAAACUGGUAUUGCAUCUCCUCCAGGUUCAAUCUCCAAUAACUCAUCCACCGUAUCAACCGCAACUCAACCAGUACCCAUUCUAUCAAAUACAAACCCUACUGGUACUCCUGCAUACAAUAAGAAAUGGCAAACAAUUAAAUUAUCACAAUUGAUAGAACAAAAUAAGUUAAUUACCAUUGAAGGAUCCGUCUCCGUCGAAGAAGCAUUCAACACUUUAAUUAAACAUCAUUUAACAUCGUUACCUGUCAAAUUAAACGCAAAUGAAGAUACCAUUUCAGAUUUCAAUGCAAAUUGGCUAACUUUUGAUUAUAACGAUUUGAAUGCAUACUUAUUACUAGUAUUAAAUAAGAUUAAAGUUAACGAUGCGAAGAUUACAAGAGAUUGCCAAAACGGUCAAAUGGUAUCAGUGGGUGAUAUAAUUCGUCUCACUCCAAAGAAUCCCUUUGUCAAAUUAUCUGAAAUGGACGAUUUAUCCACAGUGAUAUCCAUCUUGGGAUCCGGGGUACAUAGAAUCGCCAUCUUUGAUGAUAAUGAUCAACAAAUAAAGGGGAUAUUAUCACAACGUCGUUUGGUUAAAUAUCUCUGGGAUAAUGCAAGAUUAUUCGAAGAUUUACAACCACUAUUUAAUUCAUCUUUACAAGAUUUGAAAAUUAGUAAUAUCGAACAACCUUCUACUCACCAUCAUCACCAUCAUCAAACAACAUCACCUACCGCAGAAUCUGCUCCUUCAAUUCCAAAUUUAAGAAGAUCAAGAAUAAUAUCAAUUCAAGGUGAACAACCUUUGAUCGACGCACUAUAUAAGAUGUAUCAUGAACGUAUCUCAUCGAUCGCCGUGAUAGACCCACAGGGAAAUUUAAUUGGUAAUAUCUCAGUCACAGACGUCAAGCAUGUUACAAGAACAUCGCAAUAUCCAUUGUUACACAAGACAUGUCGUCACUUCAUCUCCGUCAUAUUAAAUACAAGAGGGUUGGAAAAUGGGAAAGAUUCUUUCCCCAUCUUCCAUGUGUAUCCAACAAGUUCAUUGGGUAGAACCCUAGCCAAAUUAGUAGCUACACAAUCUCAUAGACUAUGGAUUGUUCAACCACCAAAUACAUCAACAGCAAACACCACAGCAUCCACUGUAUCUACAAACAUACCUGUAUCUCCAUCCAAAUCCAAACAUUCUUCACAAUCAUCUUCUUUGACUAAUUCACCCAUCAUAGCAUCAUUGGACUCCCCAGUAACAGCACCAACACCUAACUUAUAUGAAACAGAAUAUAGAGCAGGAAAAUUAAUUGGGGUCGUUUCAUUAACUGAUAUCUUAAAUUUAUUGACAAGGAAACAAACUGAUCAUAAACAAAUUGAUCCACAAACGGCAAGAAGAGCAAGAGGUCAUGUUCAAUAA